GCUGCUAAAGAAUUAGACACCUCCUUCAAUAGUUUAAUUUUGUCUACUCUUAGAAAACAAAUUAGACUCCUAGGUGUUAUUAAGGAAGUUUUUAUAGAAAUUGCAGAAAUUAUUAUUUCUAUUUCUAUGGAAGUUGUACUAGCAACUACUUAUUCUCUUAUAUUAGAAAAUAAUUGGUUACAAA